UAAUGUUUACUAUCGUAAUUUGAAAUUGUACUUUUUUUUACGAACGCAAUCGCUAAAUAUAUGAAGUUAGGAAAAAAAUUUUUUCUGAUCUCUUAAUCUAACUAAAACUAACUAACUUAAUCUAAACUGAAAGCCAUAGUUACGCAAUAUAUUAUAAAGCAUUGGUGCAUCUCCAUUCAACAUACCAAAAAAAAAAUAUUAGAUUGGUGUUGCUGGCAAAUAUUUUUUCAAGACAAAAAAAAAUGUCUGGUCAAUAUCCUGGCGGGUACAAUAAUGCCAUUAGUGGUCAUCGAGGACAGUUUAAUGCUCAGCAACAACAACAACAGCAGCAGCAGCAAAUGAUGAAUCAAUUACAAAUGGGAGGACAGCACGGAGGGCCUGGUGGCAUGAUGUCCAUGGGCUCCAUGGGCUACAAUCAAGGAGGUAUGAUGCAACAACAGCAGCAGGGAAUAGGUCCUGGAGUAAUGAACCCCGUCGGUAUGCAAUCUCCUUCGCAUGUUCAGCAGCAAUUAAUGCAACAGCAACAAAUUCAAAUGCAACAGCAGCAACAACAAAUGGGACCACAAAUGGGUAUGGUAAAUCAACCGGGUUUAAGCCCACAGGUGAUGCUACAACAGCAGCAGCAGCAACAACAACAAUUGCAACAAGUCCAAAUGCAUCAGAAUGUCAAUAUGCAGCAAUCACAACAAAUUCAAAAUUCUUCGGGCGCUGCUGCGAAUAUGAUUAUGAUGGCUCAGCAGCAGACGCAACAGCAGCAACAACAACAGCAGCAACAACAACAGCAAAGUCAGAUGCAACAACAAGCUCAACAAGCACAAACACAACAACAAAUGCCACAAGGAAGUGGCAGUCAAGGAAGUCAACAACCUGCCAAUAACAUAAUGUCUAUUUCUCAGCAGCCUCACAAGGAAAUAAAUAUUGUUGCGCUAUCAAGAGUAGGGCAGGAAACUGUGCAGGAUAUUACUUCACGCUUUCAAGAAAUUUUCACUGCUCUUAAGGUCAUACAGCCAACAGCCAACCGCGAUAACAGUACCGUUAAAAAGGUUCAAGAGCACUUUCGCACUAUAAGAUUGCUGUUUAAACGGAUGCGCCUAAUAUAUGAACGUUGUAAUGAUGGUUAUCCCCAAGGCAUGGAAUAUACGACAGUAGAGAGUUUGAUACCAUUCAAAGAUGAGCCAGAACACCGCCUAGGCCUAGAAGCAACUCAGUGCGAAGAAUAUCGAAAGGCUUUACAGGAAAAUCAGGAACUAAUUGAUACCGUGAAAUUAAAAAAUCGUCAGUUACGUGAAAUUAUUGAUCGUACAAGAAUUAUCGUGUGGGAAAUAAAUACAAUGCUAAGCAUGAGAAAAUCUUAA